UUUAAAAAAAUGUCCGCAUAAUACGUUUAUCGAUGUCGGCGCUGAUUGUGUAUACCUACAUUGUACGAUUGUGCAGCGCAUUGUUAUAUCAAAACUAGUGCGUAUUGAUACGAUGUAUACAGCUAUCUCGUGAUAUAAUCCGAUACCCACUACACGCGCACGAGAUUUCACGAUGACUCGGCCAUCCGCGAAGCUCGCCGCGGCUUUCCUCCUCCUAGUCCUCUCCUGUCGUGUCACGGAAGGCCUGCGAAUCCUGGGAUUAUUUCCCCUGCACGGCAAGAGCCACUUCGUCAUGUGCGAGGCCCUGAUGCGCGGCUUGGCGGCGCGAGGCCACCAGGUCGACGUUUACAGUCACUUCCCGCUGAAGCAACCGGUGGCCAACUACACGGACUUCAGCCUCGCCGGUUCCAUACCACUGCUCUCGAACAGCAUGAGCUUCGAGCUGAUGAACUCUUUCGGCGGCGACAGCAUCUCCAUUCCUCAGCUGCUCAAACUAGGCGCGGACCCCAUAUGCGAGCUGCUGAAUCUGCCGAUUUUUCAGAAGCUCCUGAGGCAACCGCCCAGUGAUCCACCGUACGAUGUGGUCAUAGUUGAGCUGUUUCUGGCCAACUGCUACCUCGCCUGGGGCCGUCACCUGAACGCUCCCACGGUCUCGGUGGUGACGACUUCCAUCUUCGACUGGCUGAACGAACCCCUGGGCAACCCGACCAACCUGGCUGUCGAGCCAAGUGUCUUCUCCAAGACGAUCGCGCCGAUGAAUUUCUACGAGCGCCUCUCCAACGUCCUGAUGAGCACCUACGUCAAGUGGUCCUUCAACUACCAUGCCCGCAGCCAGGACGCCAUAGUGAAGAAGCUCUUUGGGCCAGACAUGCCGGACGUCAUCGAGCUGCAGAAGGAUAUAGCCCUGACCCUGGUCAACUACCACCACGCGCUCAACGGCCUGAGACCCUACUCGCCAGCGAUUGUUCCCGUGGGUGGUCUGCACGUUCUCGACAGCAGCGACCCCCUACCGAAGGAAGUCCAAAAGUUCAUGGACGACAGCAAGUCUGGCUUCAUCUACAUCUCGUUCGGCUCGAUGGUCCGGAUCGAGACCUUCCCCAAGCCUAUGCUCGACGCCUUCUACAAGACUUUCGCGAAGAUCGCCCCGGUUCGCGUGCUCAUGAAGAUCGCCAAGCCCGAGGAGCUUCCGGCGGGUCUUCCCUCGAACGUCAUGACCCAGCCGUGGUUGAACCAAGUCAAAGUCCUGAAGCACAAGAACAUCCGAGCUUUCGUGACUCACGGAGGCCUCAUGGGCACCCAGGAGUCGAUCUAUCACGGCGUGCCCAUGAUCGGCGUGCCCCUCUUUGGCGACCAGCACUUUAACGUCGAGUCCUACGUCAAGCGCAACAUGGCCAUCAAGCUCAUCCGCGAGGACAUCACGGAGGAGAACUUCGGCAAGGCCGUCAACGAGAUCCUCAGCAAGCCCAUCUACAAAAAAUCCGCGGAGAAGGCCGGUGCCAUGUUCCGGGACGUGCCGAUGGGGCCGAUGGAUACGGCAGCUUUUUGGAUCGAGUACGUCGCGCGACACGGCAAAGAUGCGCUGCGCUCGCCGGUCAUCGACAUGCCUUGGUGGCAGGCAAAGCUCUACGAUGUCUACGGGUUCCUCCUACUGCUAGUCGCGCUUGCGCUGUGCGUCGUCAGGAUUGCGGUUAAGAAAGUUUGCGGACUGUUUUGCACCAAGAGUUGCCCGCCGGCGAAGACUAGUAAGCAAAAGAAGCGGUAAUGCGCGGAUGUGUGCACGGCUAUGCACGAUCGUAUUAUUUUAUUUUGAUAUUGAUGAGUCUCUGAUAGGCUGACUUGAAUGUAAAUAUAAGUGAUGUUUGUAUGCAGUACUCGUUGUAUUGAUUGUAUGUAUUUUGAGAACUGUAACUGUGGUAUAUCCGACUAAAGCGAACCGCAUAUUUUUUAUGUAAGUAAUGCACAUUUUCUAAACAGUCUAUUAUGCAACCAGUAUCAUAAAAAAAUUCAAUAUCAUAUUUUCGUGAAUUGAAAAUUAAUAAAAGUUCAAAUUUUAAA